AAAAAACCCAAAUAAACCAAAUUCAACUACAGAAAAGGCAACGAAAACAAGUAGAGCACUUGCGCACAUGCACGUAAUACCAGCGUUCACAUAUAUUAAUUUCUACCUUACAAACACUUGCCACACCAGCGCGCCACUACGUUGUCCGUCAAAAGCCAGCCAACCGGUCCGUAGAGCACAGUCCAACGCAUCAAAUCUUAACUCGUUCCAUUCAAUCACCAUCGCAACCAACUAACCAGCCAGUCCAACUGCCAACUUCCCUAACCGCUACAAAUCAGCGUUCCCCUCACAGCACUUAGCACUGACCACCACCGGUUCACUGAUCGCACAGCGCCUCGAGCGUCUGACGGUCCAAACAGCUGUUGGCCUUUUUGUGGCAACUACCACCACCACCACCAACAUGCUUCAGUUGCCAGCAUGUAGGCAAUAGCUUAUGUGCUGGUGCUUGCAUAUGUGUCCCAUCGCAGAGGCGAUUAAAGAGUGCUAAAUGUGCUCGUCGCCGUUUCGGUGAUCCCUGCCUAAUAAUGUAUAGACUGAACUAACUAAGGCAACCACACACUUACUUACAUUCACACAAAAGCACAUAAAUAGGACUUUUAUAAGUUGUGCACAUGAGAGCAAACCAUUACUAUUUUCAUAAGCAUUGUGAUCAGUUCAAAAAACAUAAAAGACAUUUUCAAAAUACGCAGACUUAAAAGAAAUAAGACAACACAAAAAACAAAAAACAAAAAACAAGAAUACGACAGAAAAAUGCACGAGCUCUUCACGAAAGUACUGUCCAAACGUGAUCUAUCCCGUGCUGGCGAUCUAUUCUCGGUACCAGAUUCGGAAAUCGUCAACGACAUCAGCGAAGUGCUUUCCGACAUCAGUCCGAUCAUUUCACACCCGGACUAUCUCAAAAACAAUAAUGAUCAGUCGGUGGUGGAGAUUUGCGUUACUCGCGUGCUCUCUUGCAUACGCGAGACAAAGACUGCAGAACGUUAUUGUGCUGCAUUGGUGGAUUUAUUGAAGACAUGCUUGUUGUGGAACCUACAGCCGGCUGGCACGGCCAAAGAGGAACCACCACAUGCCAAAAUUGCCGCUGACAUUAUUUCGAGUAUAUUUUUGAACUAUGACAAAAAGGAGCUGAUGAAGAUCUCUCUGCCGGUUGCAGUGCAGUUUCUGCCGAAAGGCAAUCGUGAAUUGUCCCGAAACUUGGCAAGUUAUCUCUCAUUGGCAGCCAUCGACUACGCCUACUUGCUAAGCCCACAUGUUACUUCAAUAAUGGACUCCAUUAUGGCUGGUAAUUUCGGAUUAUUGCGCGUGCUCUCACAAAUUUACGAGGUUUCGCCGGAUGAGGUAUCGCCACACGCACCCGUUCUGGUAGGGCUGCUGCCACAAUGUGACUCACAGGAAAAACUAGCUGUUUUACAACUCUAUUUGCUUAUUGCGCAAAAGACACCUGCGGUACUAGAAAGCUGUGUGCCACGUCUAUGUGAAUUAUUGUACGACAAUGAAACGGCGACAAUAACAAUGCAGAUUUUACUGAAAAUUUCCGAGCAUCGUCCACUUUUGAUUGUUGAGCACUGGGAAAAAAUCAAAGCGGCCAGCAAGGCGCAUCCGAAUACGGUUUCAUUGGCAGCGCAAAUACUCGCUUCGGCCGGACGCACAAACAAGGAACAUGCACAGUAUGCACUGGAUUUUGUUUUAGAACACUUGCCACAUGCAGAUCGCACAUCACAGACGAAUUUACUACAAGAAGCCACCAAGUUAUGCUCAUCGUUCCCCAUUUUGUUCACCGAUAAAGUGCUCGCUUGUGUACGUCAAAAGAACGCACUAAGUCAACAGAAACUAUCCACAUCCGACGUUAAUAUGGAUGUUAGCAAUAAGACUUCAGGUGGCGUGACGAUCGUGAAUUUGAAUAGCCCGACAGAGCCUCCACCGCCUACACCCACUGCCGCAGCUGCAGUGGUGGCCACAGUGCUGAAUACAGCAGCAACAGCCAAUCAUAGCAAUGUGCCCAACACCUCAGCCACAUCGAUACCAAUCACUGCCGAACCAAUUACCAGCCCAACAACCGUCUCGAUAGCCACAGCCCAUGCCACUACAGGUCGCAUGCACAAGAGCAAAAAUAAGAGCCGCAGCAGCCCCAGCAGUCCAAAGGAUGGUAGUCGCAAGGCGCUACUAAGCGCACAUUUAAAAAUUUCAACAGCACAACCAACUGCCAUCAACACAAACACAAUGGUUAUACAUCAGAGUCAUAACGCAGCUGUGACAGGUGCACCGGCGCUUGUGCCGCCCACCCCACCACAUACCGGCUAUACGCGUCGCGUCAAGCUCGGCGACUCACGCAGCACAGGUCGACUGCACCCGACCGGCAAUACACAUCGCAGCAUGACACGUCUCAAUGUGGCAGGCGGAUCAGUGGGUGGGCUACACAAAAGCAUGACGCGUCUAAGCUCAUCACAACAUAUCAACCAAAAUGGUGGUUCAAGUUCAAACAAUGCAAACAAUUCGCAAUCUAGCGGCAAUGUGGUGGUACAGACGCCUACAGGUGCCAGCACAACAACAGUGGGCGCGGGUGCUUUGCCCAAAACGCCGACUAGCCCUAGCAGUCCAGGAUAUGUGACACCUGUACCGCCGCUGAGCAACAAUGUCAUUAUUACGGGCCACAAUAAAUGGGGUAUUCCCUCAACACAGGUGACAUCAGGUGGUGUCACGGUGACCACAUCUCCAACUAAAGUCAGACCACACUCACAGGGCCCCACUACGCUACUCAACUCGAGCACUGCAUUGCUAAAAUAUAGUACGGAUGCAUUAAAUCAAUCAAUUGGUUCAAUAUCCAUACCACAGAAUCCAGUUUCAGUGCAUCACGCAUCGCCGGCACUGCCUCAACAGAACAAUGGAAAUCAGAAGUCUGUAAUGAAAUUACCGGUGAAUGGAAAUAGCACACAUGAGGUGAUCGUCUCCGGUCCCACAACCAAUAUGACACCACGACGAAACAACAACAACACCAGUCGUACGCUACUCAAUGCAAAUAAUAGCUGCAUUUUGGAUCAACGUACAAGCACCUUUGAGCCCUAUCAGAUCAUGCGCGAUCCGGUGCAACAGUUUUGUGAAAAACAUUUCGGUUCUAUUAAAUCGUAUAUGGAUGAUGUAUCGCAGUCGUUGCCGCCGCCGACGCGCUGCAGCAUUGAAGUUUCGAAUGAAUUUGCAGAGCGUCGCACCAAAAAGGUGGCCAAACUUCACUUCGCCUGCCAGAUACGCGGUCCACACUGUAUGUACUCGAAGACCUGCUUUACAAUGCGCACGCGCAACCCCAAGACCUGGAUACAUUUGAUGUUCUUAGAUUUUCAAGUGCGACAUUAUGUUAAAGAGAAAACCGUUUUAAGUACACGUGAGCCCGGCAUAAGCAAUUUGAAGAACAUUUGGCAAAUACUUAAGUGCGAAAACCGCAGCUUCACCGAAUUGGUCACCAGUCAGUUUCCCAACGCAAAGGAUCGUGAGAUUCUCGUCAAUGAAUUGCGUCACUCUGGCUUUUUGGAUGUUUUCGAAGUGUCCAAAACGGACACCUCCAACCCGAAUUGUAACGAAUUGGAAUAUCAAUGGGGCUGUCUGUUAUGUAAUCAUCCCGAUAAGGCAGUUGGGUUUCUCAACGGCAGCAAUCAGCCAAUGAUCGAGGGGCAACUGAAAGAGAAGAAAGGCAAAUGGCGUCUAUUUCGCCGUUGGCGCACAAGAUAUUUUACGCUCUCUGGCGCACAUUUAUCAUGUAAAGGAUCGAGUGGUGGCGAAAGCAUUGACGUUAAUCAAAUACGCUCCGUUAAGGUAUCGCGCGGUGCUCGCAACAUACCAAAAGCAUUCGAAAUAUUCACCGCCGAUCAGACAUUAAUACUCAAACCCAAGGACGGCAAAAAUGCCGAGGAAUGGGUGCAAUGCCUAAGCAUUGUGGUGGCGCAUUCGCAGGCCCGUGAUAAUCCCACUGUGAAAACAAAUAGUCUGCCCGCACGUGGCAUGGGCAGCAGCAAGCCAUCGUUUUAGUAAAACAUAUAUUAAUAGUAUAUAUAAUUUAAUUUAUAGAGAUUUUUCUUAUUUAAAUACAAAAGUAAGCUUCAAAAGACAAAAGACAUUAUCUUUAUAAAUACAUAUAUAUAUAUAUAUAUAUAUACAUAUUUACAAUAAGUUGUUACAAAAAAUACAAAAAUUUAUGAAAAGACAAAAGACGCUCAAAAAAGAAUUUAAGGACUACAAAUGUUUAACACUUAUAUAUAUACAUACAUACAUACGUACGUAAUUCGUCUCCAAUAAAUUACACAAUAUAAAUUACAGGUUUUAUAUUUUACCGUUAUCGCUAUAUACAUAGACCUGUGUAUGAGUACUUAAUUUUUGAAUAAUUAUAUGGCAACUACUUAAAACGUUCUUGUUUAUUUUAGAUAAUAUAUUAAGUAACUAAAAUAUUUAUUAUAAAAUAAUUAAUCGAAUAAAUGUUGAUAUACAUAUUUGAUAUUUUUAUACAAAAUAAAUUCAAAGUUAAUACAUAUUGUA